AUGCACUCCGCCGCCGUCCUGGCGCUUCUGUUGUGCGCCUGGCAAGUUGCUGCCCUGCCGGUGAACAGCGCUCUGAGUAAGGCAGACACCGAGGUCAUGAAGUGCAUCGUGGAGGUCAUCUCUGACACACUCUCCAAGCCCAACCCGAUGCCCGUCAGCCAGGAGUGUUUCGAGACACUUCGAGGAGACGAACGCAUCCUCUCCAUCCUGCGGCACCAGAAUUUGCUGAAGGAGCUCCAAGACCUGGCUCUGCAAGGGGCCCAGGAGAGGGUGCGGCAACAGGAGAAGCAGAGUGGCUUUGAGGCAGAGCUCUCGGAGGUCCUGCACACCCAGAGCGACCAGGCCACACAACCAGGUAGGUCUGAGGCCUUGGCCUUGGAUGGAGCCAAGAAGUCCAAGGCUGAGCCCCCCAAGGGACAGGAAGAGAGGGGACAGGAGGAGGAAGAGCCAGCAGGAGCCCCCCCAGGCCCUACCCGGGGCAGGCCGAGCAGGGAGCCAGAGCUGGAGGAGCUGGGGGAGGAGUUCUCCAAGGAGUGGGAGGAUGCCAAACGCUGGAGCAAGAUGGAGCAGCUGGCCCAGGAGCUGACAGCUGAGAAGCGGCUGGAGGGCAAGGACGAGGAUGCCGCAGACCCCGAUCCUGACCGCUCCAUGAAGCUCUCCUUCCGGUCCCGGGCCUAUGGCUUCAGGGACUCCGGGCCACAUCUGCGGCGGGGUUGGAGGCCGUCCUCCCGGGAGGACAGCGUGGAGGCUGGCCUGCCUGCACGGGGCCACAGCUACCCUGAGGAGAAGAAGGAGGAGGAGGGCAGCGCCAACCGCAGGGCUGAGGACCAGGAGCUGGAAAGCCUGUCAGCCAUCGAGGCCGAGCUGGAGAAGGUGGCCCAGCAGUUGCAGGCAUUGCGGCGGGGCUGA